CUGUGUUCCGUCCUUCCGCGUGCAUCUUCACGCUGCUCCAGCCUCGAUCCGCGCUGCUGCGGUUGUCGCGACCAAGCCGACAGAUGCUCCCGUGCCGGAUGGAUUAGCUUUGACAUCGGCUCGCCUUCGCGCUCGAUUCAAGUGGCUCAACAAAAAGAGCAGCCGCACACAAAGAGAGUUUGAUACUUUCACGUUACGCAUCCCUGGUAGCGAUUCGAACAAGGUAGUAUCACCAGACGAAGUUUUUUCGUCCGACGCAGCGCUCUCGUCUGUCAAAUCUACUGUUCCAGAGAAUCGGAUCCGUUCACCUUCAUUGUCAAGCUCUUCAGCCUCCAUGAGCCAACCUCGUCUCGUGAAAUCUUCCUCCGCAAUGAGCUUAGAAGCCGAGCCGUUAAGAUCAGAACCCGCGAGAUCACCAGCAUCAACUUACGAGACGCCUCAGAAGCCGGAAAAGGAGCCAUGGCGGCCGCAUCGCGCGUUUCGUCAGGCCGUUCAGGACAUCUCCAACAUCAAGCAGCAGGCGUCGCAAGUCAUCGACAGAAUCAGCGGCGCGACCGGAAUCGGAGCCAGACAAGGUCCUUCUUCCGGGGGUAGCGGUCAGGGUUUCUUCGGUUCUGGAUCCUCUCCUACCCGGAAUUCCUCAGACGCUUUCUCGUCCAUGGCAGGUUACAUGAGCGAGUCAGAGCUGCUCGGAUGGGAGACUAUUAUUCGCAGUCCUAGGGAUGGGGCUGCCGCCACCGGCGGGGCCGGGCAGUUGAGCGCCAGUUUAAGUACGCAGGAGCGCGCUGGCGGGAAGUGGAUUAAGGAGCUCUCCUCGAUGGCUAACGUGGUUGUUGGACGAUGCGCGAGAGUCCUGAUGCUAAAACCGGAGGAGCUAAAAGCGAAUUUCGAGGAGGAGGCGCCCGCGAGCGCGCGAGAGCCCGCGCGGUACGCGCGCAAUUUCCUCGAGUACUGCUGCUUCCGCGCGCUGGCGGUGGCGACGCAGGUGACGGAGCACCUCAAGGACAAGGACUUCCGGCGAUGGACGUUCGACAUGAUGCUCGCGUGGGAGGCACCGGGCGCGUCUAGUCAACCCACAGGACAGAUGGACGUGGAGAGCAGCGUGUGCAUGGACGCGUUCGCGCGGCUCGCGCCAGCCAUCCCGCUGGUGGCGGACAGUGUGACGGUGCACGCGCUCUUCGAGCUGCUCACGGACGAGUGCCAGGGCGGGCGCUUGCCCUUCGCGAUUUACAAUAACUACCUCAGCGAGCUCGAGAAGACGGUGAAGGUAAUAAAGAACUCUACCACAGGGGCGCUGGCCUCAGCUCUCGGGAUCGUGAGGGGCGAGGAGGCAGUGAUAGAAACGGACGGACAGGCAACACAGCCAGUGCUGCAACAUAUAGGCGUCAGCGCCUGGCCGGGUCGCCUGACGCUCACAGAUUCCGCAUUGUAUUUCGAGCCCAGCGGGGUCGUCUCAUACGACGCAGCAAAGAAGUUUGACCUGUCGGCUGACCUCCACCAGACAGUCAAGCCGGACCUGACUGGCCCGUGGGGAGCCAAGCUGUUCGACAAAGCCAUCAUGUACAAAUCCAACGCCAUAUCCGAACCAGUGGUUCUGGAGUUCCCCGAGUUGACAGCUCACAUGCGGAGAGACUAUUGGCUCUCCAUUAUCCGCGAGAUCAUAGCCGUCCAUUCCUUCGUGCGCACCUACAAGCUCGAAGGCGCGGCUCGUAGGCAGGCAGUAGCUAAGGCUGUCAGAGGUAUAGCGCGUCUUAAAGCCGUGUGGGCGCUGCAGAAGGCGCUCCCUACUGCGCCAGAGAGCCUCCUAACGUUCAUAGCAGCGGAUGAGCUCCCGGGCGGGGAUAAAAUUCUACGGGCCAUGGCGGGCGUGCUUCGUGCGGACUCGGGCAGCCCGGGAAAAGAUAGGGAGCAGCUGGAGAAGUUAGGGGAGUUGGCCGCCGCAGCAGUGAGGAAUGCUGGGGGGGCCGGGGCGGGGGGCGGGGGAGGGGGCGGGGGUGGGGGAGGGGGUGUGGGAGAGGAGGAGGGUGGGGGAGUAGGGGGGAGUGGUACAACAUCAGGAGCAGGAGCAGGUGCGGCAGCAGCAGGAGGGGGAGGGGGAGGCAGCAGGUGGCAGCAAGGGGGGAGUGCGGCAGCAGCAGCAGUGGCUGCAUUCCUACCAGGCACAGCAGGGCUGAUGGGCGGGGGAGCAGCAGGGGCGCUGGGAGCAGGGGCGGGGCCGUCCAUGCCAGUGGGGGAUGUGCUGGUGGGGGAGAUGACGGCUCUGGAGCGGGCAGUGAAGAACUCGAGGGACAAGUCGAGCAAGGUGGCCAAGGCUAAGCGGUCCGUGGAGGAGGUCAAGGUGGAGGGCAUUGGGACGAACGUCGCAUUGAUGAAGGAGCUGCUAGUGCCAGCAAUGCUUCUAGGCCAGUGGUUUCAAUCCCUAGCGUCAUGGGAGGAACCUGUCAAGACAAUGGUCUUCCUUGCCUUGGCUCUUUACGUCAUCUACAGGGACUGGCUCGGGUACGUCAUCCCGUUCCUCCUCCUGACCAACGCGGUCAUCAUGAUGUGGCUCCGCUUCGUGCAACAGUCCGACAGACGCCGCCCGCCGAACCGGCGGAACGAGGUGGUGGUUAUCACGCCUCCCAACCAGAGUGCUGUGGAGCAGCUGGUCGUGCUGCAGGCUGCUCUCGCUCAGGUGGAAGCCGCCAUACAAGCCCUCAACAUAGCUCUUCUUAAAGCCCGAGCCCUUGCCUUAUCCGAGCUCCCCACCGCCACGGACGAGCUAAUCGCCGCCCACAUAGUCCUCGCCAUCCUGCUUGCAGUUCUUCCGAUACGAGUAGUGGUGCUGCUAGUAGUUGGAGACGUGUUCACCCGAGAAUUGGAGUUCCGGAGAGACCAAACGAGGCGGCUUGUGAGGAGGCUACGGGAGUGGUGGCACCAUAUUCCGGUGGUCCCGGUGCGGUUUAUCGAGAGGGAGAACGACGCCAAUGACUUCUACUAGAGGGUCUGCUUUAAGUCGACCCAGAAGGAGACCAAACGAGGCGGAUUGUAAGGAGGUUACGGGAGUGGUGGCACCAUAUCCCUGUGGUCCCAGUUUGGUUUAUCGAGAGAGAAAACAGUACUAAAAGCUGGCAGGAAAUACUCCAUUUCACAGAGGGAUGGGGGGUCGCCCCUCAGAAGUGAUCGACCACCUACACCUCCAGCACGAGAUACACCACGUGGGUGCAGGCAAUUCUGCUGGCAAAGCUUCUCAAGACUUGGUUGGUUAUGGUUUUCUUUUCGGGAUGCCACAUACAUGGCGGUAGGAUUGCCAUUGAAAGGCACCUAAGGUGGCUGACUCAUGAUGCGGCUGAAUGCAUGUAGCAUUUUGUACAAAUUUUGAUACGAGAAGCGAAUGUACCGUGAUCACCCGGAUAGACGCCCCUCCGUAGGAUUAGUCCCGCAGGUUCUAACUCGUGCAUUGGGACUUAA